AUGCCGGCUCCUAAUGCGGGCCUUCGCCUCGCGAACGUGUCCAGUGCCCGAGAUGCCAACAUUGUCCCCUCCUUACCUAACGUCGCCGUAAUCACAGACCUGUAUACCUUUGUCAACAGUACAUGCGACCCUCUCUGGGCCCUCAGAAAGACUGUGCACGGCCCCGUCAUGGCAGGCCGCGGCAUAUAUUUGUCAGCAGUCCUCGCGGCCGAUAACGUCAAGUGGUGGCCGAUAGCGGGCGAUGCGCAGGUGCGCGGUGGAGUAUGUGCGCUGCUCCCGCCCCACUUACAUACACACAAU